CAGUUCGAGCGCGACGCUGAGUUCUGGCUCGACGACGGCAACCUCGUCCUCAUCGCGCGCAACACAGGCUUCCGCAUCUAUCGUGGCCUCCUCGCGGCCCAGUCAGAGGUCUUCCGCGACAUGUUCGCGUCGUCGAGCCCCAGUACCGGCGAGUGCCACGACGGCUGCCCCGUCGUCUACAUGUCGGACUCGCCUGAGGAUCUGCGGCGCCUGCUGCGCGUCAUCCUCCCCACUACCCGCAGAAUGUUCUUCCCGGACGAUGAAAAUCAGGUGGACGUAUCGUUCAACCAGGUCUCCGCCAUCGUCCGCCUUGCGCACAAGUACAACAUCGCGGACCUCGAGGGCCAGGCGUUUUCCGCGCUCAAGGCAUACUACACCGACAGCUUCGACGAACACGAGAGCGCGGGGUUCCACAGCCAAGUCUCGUUCGACAACGUCCACGCGAUCGGCGCUGUCAACUACGCCCGCCUUGCAAACAGACUGGAAAUCCUGCCGUACGCGCUGUAUGCGUGCUGCGGCCUGCGCGGGGACAUCGUCUACGGCUGGGAGCGCGAGGAUGGAACUGUCGAGCACCUUAGCCCGGAAGACCUGAAGCACUGCCUGGACGGCCGUGACGCGCUGGCGCGCGAGGCCAUGCGGCUGCUCCCCAAGGUCUUC